GCGCGCCGCGAUGAAGUGCGCGAGCUGCACAAGAAGAUGGACAUCCCGUUCUACGAGGUCUUCGUGGACGUGCCCGUGUCGGUGGCCGCGGACCGCGACGUCAAGGGCCUGUACAAGCGCGCCAUGAAGGGCGAGAUUAAGGACUUCACGGGCAUCUCGUCGCCCUACGAGGAGCCGCUGAACCCGGAGAUCCACCUCAACGCCUCCAGUCAGUCGCUGGACGACGAGGUCAAGAUGAUCCUGGACAAGCUGGAGGCUGAGGGACUGCUCACCGGCGUGGAGCAGCCUCCUAGUGGAUAUCCCGGUGUGGCUGUCGCGGACGGCGGCAACGCUGUCGCCACGUUCCCCACGCUGUUCCCGGACCAACCGAAAGCAUCGCGCCCCGACAACUACGACGAGCUUCCUCGCGUGCUCCUUCGUGAUGAGGACGUCCACUGGCUUCAGGUGAUUGGAGAGGGCUGGGCUGCGCCUCUCCGCGGCUUCAUGCGCGAGGGCGUGUACCUGCAGUCGCUGCACUUCAGCAGUGUGCUGUACGAUUCGGACAACCUUACGGACAACCACUUGGCCCUCCACAAGCCUACCAACUUCUCGGAAUACUCGAGCGAGUUCGUGUCCAAGGGCGAGCGCGUGAACAUGCCUGUCCCCAUCGUCCUCCCCAUCAACGACGCAGCCAAGGAGCGCAUUGGCAAGUCCAAGCAGGUUGUGCUGGUGAGUCCGUCUGGCGAAGAGUUGGCGCUGCUGAACGACCCAGAGGUGUAUGACCACCGCAAGGAGGAGCGCAUCACCCGCACCUUUGGCGCCAUGGACAACGGCCACCCGUACAUCGCGGAGAUCCUGAAGUCGGGUGAGUUCCUGCUCGGUGGCGAGAUUGAGCUGCUGUCCCGUAUCAAGUACAACGACGACCUUGACCAGUACCGCCUGACCCCGACGGAGCUGCGCAAGCGCUUUGAUGACAUGGGAGCCGAUGUCGUGCUGGCCUUCCAGACUAGAAACCCGACGCAUGCUGGACACGCGUACCUGAUGAACAACGCCCGUGAGCAGCUGAUCGCGCAGGGCUACAAGAACCCAGUGUUGUGGCUCUCUCCUCUUGGCGGCUGGACGAAGGAGGACGAUGUCCCGCUUGAUGUGCGCGUCCGUCAGCACGAGGCAAUUCUGCGCGACGGCAUGCUGGACAAGGAGAGCACGGUUCUCGCUAUCUGGCCGUCUCCGAUGAUCUACGCCGGACCUCGUGAGGUGCAGUGGCACGCCAAGAGCCGUAAGAACGCUGGCGCUAGCUUCUUCGUUGUCGGACGUGACCCCGCUGGUAUCAAGCGCUCCGACGGCGACAAGGACGACAUCUACGCUGGUGACCACGGCCGCUUUGUGCUUCACAUGGCUCCUGGCAUGGAGGACUUCAACAUCUUGUCCUUCUCCAAGGUAUACUACGACGUUCAGGACCACAAGAUGAAGCCGAUGGACAGCAGCCGCAAGCAGGACUUCCUCUCCAUUUCGGGCUCGCGUAUGCGUAAGAUGGCGCGCGAGGGUCUUCAGAAGUGCGAGGGCGACAAGAUCCCCGCUGGUUGGGAGGACAAGCCGACGUGUGUGCCUCAGGGUUUCAUGGUCAAGUCUGGCUGGGACAUCAUGAUCGACUACUACCAGAACAUCGACAGCCCGCGUUGGAUCCCGUUCGCGACGCAGUUCUCCAAGCCUGUCGUGGACACUUCGCGCUCGUUCUCGUCCGAGGGCACGUUCGGCCGCACCGACUACAAGCUCCACUUCAAGAACGACAAGGGCGAGAAGAUUUCUCCGUGGCACGACAUCCCGCUGCACCCGGCCGAUUCCAAGGACAACAGCUCGUACAACUUCAUCGUCGAGAUCCCCAAGGGCAUCGCGCACAAGAUGGAGGUGAACAAGGAGGACCGGUACAACCCCAUUAUGCAGGACACGACCCACAACGGCACGCGCGGCCGCGACUACCUGUACGGCGUGCCUUUCUUCAACUACGGCCUGUUCCCGCAGACGUGGGAGGACCCGAGCGUGAAGGACGAGAACGGCAACGGCGGUGACAACGACCCGCUGGAUGUGAUCGAGAUCGGCGCCAAGCAGCUGCCCAUGGGCUCCGUGAACCCCGUGAAGAUCCUGGGCAGCCUGGAGCUCGUCGACCAGGGCGAGGUGGACCACAAGAUCGUCGUCAUCGCCCUCGCCGAUGAGGACGCCGACAAGAUCAACAGCGUGAGCGACCUGCAGAGCGUGAAGCCCGGCGUGUUGGACGCUCUGGUGGACUGGCUCAAGAAGUACAAGAUCCCGGAGGGCAAGUCGGAGAACGUCUUCUCGCAGGAGAAGCCGACGUCGGCCGAGGCCGCUGUCCAGAUCGUGGCGGAGACGCACGAGCGGUGGCAGAAGCUCAAGGCAGGAGAGAUUAGUGUCAAGGACGAGUUCUGGCUCAGCUAGGCCCGCCAACGGAGCCCCAAGCUCCUUGUUCGCGGACGUAGCUCAGCCUCAUUGAUUGAUGAAUAAAUGCUCUGUUUGAAUAGUU